AUGUGGAGUCCCUUGCCCUGGCCUCGUGCGGGAGACAGCAAGCGCGUGAUCGAGAUCGAGAAGUUCAAAUACGAGAUCGCAGACAUUCGAGACGCCUUCCUCACGCACCAGAAGACGCGCCAUGUUGACUUCACGAGACUCAGACUACUGAGACCUGCAGUUACCCUCCCAGCAACAUUCUUCUCGCCGGGGACAGUGAGGGAGCACGUGAUCACGCUGCAACGAGAACCUCCGUCUUUCACAAAGUACAAACUGACAGCCGAGACAGUGGAGAACCUGAAGCAGCCUUCCUUCGACGUGUGGCAGUGGGAGCCCAAUGAGAUGCUGGUGUUGAUCGAAUACAUGUACCAGGACUUGGGACUUAUGGAAGAGUUUUGCGUCACGCCGCCCACGUUACGGAAUUUCCUGGUGUGUGUACAGGAGAACUACCGCAACAACCCCUUUCACAACUUCAGGCACUGCUUCUGCGUGACCCAGAUGAUGUACAGCAUGAUCCACCUGUGCCGCCUUCAGGAGAAACUCUCGCGGAAGGACCUGGGUAUCCUGCUCACCGCCUGCGUCUGCCACGACCUCGAUCACCCGGGAUAUAAUAACUGGUACCAGAUUAACGCCCGUACGGAGCUGGCGGUUCGCUACAACGACUCCUCGCCGCUGGAGAACCACCACUGCGCCGUCAGCUUCCGUGUCCUGGCCAAUCCCGAGUGUAAUAUCUUCUCGAGUGUCCCUGAGCAGCUGUUCAAGGAGAUUCGGGCCGACAUCAUCAUGCUCAUCUUGGCAACUGACAUGAUGAGACACUCGGAGAUAGUCGACGACUUUAAGAAGAAGCUGGAAAAUUUCGAUUAUAAGAAUCCUGACCAUUUAAGCGCACUCAAGAUGAUACUCAUUAAGGCGUGUGACAUCUCCAACGAGGUGCGCCCAUCCAAAGUAGCUGAGCCUUGGGUUGACUGCCUACUGGAGGAGUACUUCAACCAGGCCGAGACGGAGAAGCAGGAGGGCCUCCCCGUGGCUCCCUUCAUGGACAGGGACAAAGUGACCAAGGCUUCGGCACAGAUCGGGUUCAUCAAGUUCGUGCUCAUUCCGCUGUUUGAGAUCAUUGCCCAGCUCUUCCCGCAGGCGGAGGAGGUGCUGGUGGUGCCCCUGCGCAGCGCCCGCGAGCACUACGAGCAGCUGAAGGAGCAGGAGGAGGAUAUGCGCCGGCUGAACCAGAACAAGAGCAUCGCCUAG